UGCAGUUAUGGAGUUUAGUUUCACACAGUGUGUAGAAAUACAGCCGGCAACCUCAGUGUAAACGCUCAAAUAAUUCAAUAAGUUAAGGAUUCGGGAUUGCAAACCCGAUUAAAGAUGUCGGAGAACAUGAUCAUCCGGGUACAGUCAGCGCAGGGGAUGAAGAAAAUCACCUCAACAAAGCGUGAGACUGCUGCAGCAUUUCUGAAGAAGGUUGCCAAGGAGUUUGGUUUCAACACGAACGGGUUUUCAGUCUACCUGAACCGUAACAAGACCGGCGAGGUUCUUUCUCAGAACAAGUCCCUUAGUCUGCUUCAAAUCAAGCAUGGAGACAUGCUUUUUCUCUACCCGUCAUCAGCUGGUCCUUCUAGUGAGAGCAUGGACACAGCACAGCCUCACUCAUCUUCAUCCUCUUCAUCAUCCUUGUCCUCCAUGUCCCGUUCGCAAUCAGCUCCACAGAUCCAAGAGGAUGAAAUUGACCAGUAUUUGUCUAAACAGGAUGGCAAAAUAUACAGAAACAGAGACCCCCAGCUAUGCCGACACGGUCAGAUGGGGAAAUGUGUGCACUGUGUACCUUUAGAGCCUUUUGACGAAGACUAUCUAAAUCACCUCGACCCUCCUGUUAAGCACAUGUCAUUCCAUGCCUACAUUCGUAAACUGACAGGAGGCGCAGAUAAGGGUAAGUUUGCAGCAUUGGAGAACAUCAGUUGUAAGAUCAAGUCUGGCUGUGAGGGACAUCUGCCCUGGCCUGAUGGUAUCUGUACCAAGUGCCAGCCUAGUGCCAUCACCCUGAACAGACAGAAAUACAGACACGUAGAUAACAUCAUGUUUGAGAACCACACCAUUGCAGACCGUUUUUUGGACUUUUGGAGGAAGACAGGAAGUCAACGGAUGGGCUAUCUAUACGGCCGCUAUACUGAGCACAAAGACAUCCCACUUGGAAUCCGCGCUGAAGUUGCAGCUAUUUAUGAACCACCACAGAUCGGCUCUCAAAAUAGCCUGGAGCUCAUAGAAGAUCCCAAAGCUGCAGCAGUAGAGGAAACUGCUGCUAAACUUGGCCUUUGCAAGGUAGGGUGGAUUUUCACAGACUUGCUGUCAGAAGAUACAAGAAUAGGCACAGUGCGGUACACUAGAAACAAGGAUUCACACUUUUUGAGCGCUGAGGAGUGCAUCACAGCAGGACAUUUCCAGAACCAGAAUCCCAACACUUGCAUGCUUUCUCCAGACAACCAUUUUGGAUCGAAAUUUGUCACAGUAGUAGCAACAGGUGGUCCAGAUAACCAGGUGCAUUUUGAGGGAUAUCAGGUGUCUAACCAGUGCAUGGCUCUGGUGAGGGACGAGUGCCUGCUGCCUUGUAGAGACGCUCCUGAACUUGGCUUUGCUAAAGAGUCUAGCAGCGAGCAAUAUGUUCCUGAUGUCUUCUUUAAGGAUAGGGACAAAUUUGGCAAUGAUAUCACAUACCUGGCCCGACCCUUACCUGUUGAAUAUCUAAUUAUUGAUAUCACCACCACCUUUCCUAAGGACCCAGUUUUCACCUUCUCUUCCACACAACGCUUUCCCAUUGAGAACAGAGAUGCACUGGGGGAGACACAGGACUUUCACAGUCUGGCCACAUAUCUCGCCCAGUCCUCAUCCUCAACCUUUCUGAACAUCGUUUCUGACUUCCACCUGCUUAUCUUCCUCGUCACCAAUGAGGUCAUGCCUUUGCGAGAUAGUAUCGGGCUGUUGCUGGAUGCCGUAAAGACCUCAAACGAAGAACUGGCCCAGACCUGGAAAAAAUCUGAGCAAUGGGCAACUAUUGAGCAACUAUGUAGCACAGUUGGAGGGCAGCAGACAGGCUCUCUAGACUACUCAAUGGGUGGACCAUCCAUCCCAGCAUCCUCCUCUGCCAUGUGGCCAUGCCCUCACUGCACCUUCAUGAACCAGCCUGGCACAGAGCACUGCGAGAUGUGCAGCUUGCCUCGAAGUUAAAAUAUAAAACAUCACUGCCCAGGCAAUCAGCAGUAAAAGUGGGCGUCUAUCUGCUCUUUGAGCUUUUCAAACCUCGCCCACUUUAUUACUGACCAAAUUGGGUAGCUAUGAGAAUGCCAGUGGUGUGCUAGGCUACACGACUGGUUCAAUUUGCAGACCUAACAUUGAUUGUGUGUUUCUGCAGUGGCCACAAGGCAUGCUGGGAUUGAUCAAGAUAAAGCACUUGGCCAAGGCUCCUCCAAAUCUUUUGGUGGCAUUGCUUCCUGGACGUUAUUAUCUAUAAAAUAUUGCUGAAUUUUGCCCCAUAUUCUCACAGCCUGGCGACAUGUUGUGUAAAUAAUAUGCAGAUAAAAAUUGAUGCUGUUAUUUAAUUUGUGUUGUUUUUUCUUUUUGGAUGAUAGGUAUAUGUAUAUUGAUUGAAUUUAAUACAAACCUGUUUUCAGAAAACUGUUGUGCAGAAUAAGGUUUUGGUGGAUUUACAUAAAACAAAUGCACAUUGAAAAACACACAGACCACCAGACAAGAAAUUUGGACCAUUUAACUUAACGUUACUGCUUGUAAUUUGAACUGAAUUGAGAUCCUGUAUUAAAGGUUGCACAGACCUUUCUUUCUUUAGUCAUUACUUGCUCUUUUUUCUGUGGUUGAUUCUUAGCUGUUUUUCUAGGUUUUAAUGUUGGAGUUAUAAUUAUUUCUGUAAUUAUUAUUUGUCUUUUAUUAAAACAUGUGUUGCUGAAUAGGG